AUGGGCGAUUGUGAAGGGGAGAGUGGAGCUGCUAUGGAGCAUAGCGGUACAGGUAAGGGCAAGGCAAGUAAGCAUAAGGACCGGGAUAGGGGAGGUACGAAAGGGGGUGGGAAAAGGCCGGACAGGGCAAUGGAGGGAGAGGGGAACAAGAGACGGAAAUUUGACAGUAUGGGUAAUGGUAAUGGCGAUAGGGGAGGAGAGAGUAGUGGGGAGGAAGAGCCGGGAGUAGAUGGGAUAGGUAUAGGGAACAAGGUAGUGCUGACGUUUGUGGAGGGUGGGGGUGUAGGGGGGAUGAGUCCAAUGAAACUGACGGCUGCAAUCCACAAGGAGGUGGGUGAGGUGGUGGGGGCUAAAGUGGUGAAGGGUGGGGAUUUGGUCAUAGAGUGUAAGGAUAAGGAGCAGAGAAAUAGGGCCUUGGAGGUGAAGCAGGUAGUACGUCGUAAGGUAGGGUCGAGCCGGGUGGAGACUCAGACAGGGAGGGGAAGAGGUGUGCCAGGUGUGGGGGAGAGCAUGAUUAUGGGAAGUGUGGGGAUGGUGUCCAGCCAACCUGCUGUAACUGUGAGGGUGCACCCAUACGGAAAUGUAAUAUAUGACAUAUAUGUCCCUAUAUCGCCAGGGACACACUCUCGUAACUAG